GCUGCUUUGACCCUCCCAUGUCGCGCUGGGGCUUUUCACAACAAUUUCUUGCAGAAUUUCAAGCAGAGAGAGAAGAGCUCAUUAAGAGCGGUACUACUCUUGACGGGGUCAACAAGCUCAGGAAGAAGUUGAACGACGCCUCGGAUUCUUUGCCUGCAUUCGAUCAGCGUAAUUGCCACCAGCAAAUUCAAGAACUAGAAAGUCAAGUUAUUGCACCAAAACCAACGAAAUUCAGUUUUACACGCAAACCAAAGACAGCGCCCACAAUUCGCUCCUCGCCGCCCGCGACGGCCGCCCUAGAAACGACGCAACCACUACCAGUGUCCGUCGACGAGCACCCACUUUCGAAUAUCACCCACUCCAUAGUUCACAUACAGCACGAACUCCCCGCCGUCCACAUUCACAACGCUUCCAACUCCCUCAUUGUCCUCACAAACGUCUCUGGCUCUGCCAUCCUUCACGAUGUCCACGACUCCAUCCUCAUCAUCUCUUCUCAUCAGUUCCGUAUCCACAAUUCUUCAAACACCAGAAUCAACCUUACCACCCAGUCUACCCCCAUCAUCGAACACUCUUCUGGUCUCACCUUCAAUGUAACUGACGUCCAAGAUUUCUCCCAUGUAAAGCCCACCCCUUCACCUAAUUGGCGAUUUGACGACAAUUCCGUCGAUGUCAGUUCCAUUCUGGACAGGCUACAAACGCCAGGAUUCAAUGUCGACGAUGUCCUGAAGGAGUUUCUGCGUUGAUUGGCUCAGCCUACUUGCCGUCUGUCCUGGAUAUAUACAGCUUUGACCGGCACCAUAAGCAACUCCUACAUUCAACCCAUGCGGUGACAGUUUUCCACCUACGCAUGGUUCUCCCAUCUCGGCGUCCCGAAGCUUAUGUAUGUAGAGGUUAUCCAUAUGCUCAAGCUUUCUGUCUAUAUAUCAUAUCACAGGUAACAAUGUACAGAUGAAAUUGUCAAACUUGUUGACGUUUCACAAGCCCCGCGCGGAGGUGUGGACGUUGUUGACGUUCCACGAGGCUCGUUUACCCUACUAUUCACGAAAUUUCGGUGGGGACCCCUGCCAGCGUGAAUAUUCUGAAUAUCCUUUUAUCCCCGUUUCUUGCUCAAAACUUUCCCCCUUCAUUCUUUGCUUCUAGUUUACUACACCAACAGUUCUCCGUUGCCAUUUCUGUUAUAUGUACGCGUUUUUUGUGUUUUUUCUUUGAUUUUCUUUUCUACGGGAACGAUGUGAACGGAACGAGCUUUUGACAGUCGGAGUGACAGCGGCGGUUAAAUUGUCAAUCUAGCGAGAAGCAGGAGGAAGAGGGAGUGGCGGCAGGCUAUGCAAUCGAGGAGUGGAACGGAACUGGAUACUAUUGCAGUUCCC